AUGCCGCCGAACAGCAGCCCUUGGUCGCCUGCAGCGUGUAUACCUUCCAUCCCAAUUCCCGAGCUCCGGCUCCCUACGACCGUCGCAUGCAACGAUGCGACGUCGCCGUGCGACUCCAUCAAGAUCGAGGGGAGGAAGAGCGAGCGGGUUACCAGCGGCGCGCGAAUUGAGCGUUCGCCAAGCCAGGCAUACCGGGACAUGCUGGCAGAUAAAUGGUUCGCGUCCACCUGGUUCUUCGUACUUAUAACGAUUCUAUCUACAGCGAGUUUUUCAAGUUUCCUGAUCUUUGUGGGCCUCUUCCCCAUUUGGAUCCUUGUGGAGGCGGUGUUCAGAUACUUUCGGUACCAACAGUACCGCCACUACAGCGACAACUUUAUCGAUCCGCCGCUUCCUUCUAUCGAGAGCAUCGAGCGCCUUCUCGAUCAUGUCCUCGCUAUAGCCAAGUACGUGGAUUACGAGGAGUUCGUCGGAGGCUGGUUUCUCGGCACGCGAGUUAAAGAACUAACUCGCGAGCAUGUGCGACAAUUCAUCUCAUUCGGGUUCUACCACAGGUUCUAUAACGAGCUCUCUCCGGAAUACCAGGAAGCCGUCCGAGACCACGUGGUUCGGACGGAGCGCGCCAUUGGCCUCAUCUUCCCCGAGGUCCUCCCCGCGCCCCCCUCCCCUUCCGCCGCCGCCGCCAUCGCUUCCCCGCCCCUCUCCGCGCGCCCCUCCUUCUCCGCCUAUCAACCCGUUCCUAUUGACUCACCUGCAGUAGGUCCGGCAGUAGGUCCGGCAGUAGGUCUGGCAGCAGGUCCGGCGGCCAAGGCUUCAAAAACCGUCGGAUCUUUCCAGGAAGAUGAUGAUGCUGGUUCGGAGAGCGGAGAGGCUGUAUACCCAUGCACACUGGAAGAGGAGAAAGCAGGAACAGCAGUGGAGGAAAACCGUGCUAGUGCUGGCGCAGGUGCUGAUGGUUCCGCUGCGGUCGGUGCUGAUGCUGGCGCUGAUGACGCUGAUGCUGAUGCGGUGGAUGCGGCGGCGGCUGUGGUGGGCUGUGGUGGUAUGGCCGGGUGGGGUAGGAGGAGAAAGCCCGAGGUGCGGUUCAUGUCGCACUGCCGGGAACCCAUCCGCGCCAUUCUGCACCCCUUGAUCCUCUACGUCUGGGGCCAUAUAAUUGGGUGUCUGACGUGCCUUGCGAUGCGCUAUCUGGGCUUCACGAAGCACUUCACGUCUGACGGGUUCAAGUACUGGGUCAGGGAGCCCCGCUGCCGCUCCUUCUCCUCUACAGCCUUCACCAUGAUUAACAAACUCUCCGCUGCUUCCGCUGACGCUCGCACCAAAGCUGAUCGGAUCAGCUCUGAUGGGAUUGGCACCAGGAGCAGCAAUAACAGCAGGGAGAGCACGGAUAGCGACAGCAGCAGCAGGGGCAUGAGCUUUGGGUGCAGUGGCGGUAGUUUCCGCGGCAGCAGCAGCAGAGUCAGCAGCAGCAGCAGUGGUGACGAUGGUGGCAGCAGCAGGGGGAGCAGGGAGGGCGGUGGAGUGCCGUUUCCUUCAUAUUCGAGUGUAGCUGGUGCAACUGUGGAUUAUAGCGAGGAUGAGGAGGAGGGGGUGGUGUUUGUGCAUGGGCUUGGGAUUGGCCUCACGCCUUACCUCGGGUUUAUCGGCAUGAUGAAGAGAACCUACCCUAAUAAGAAAUUCAUUGUGGCAGAAAUGCCGCAUCUCGCCUUCCGCCUCUCCUCCGCCUCACCAACCAUUGACGACAUCGUGGCAGGGCUGGCAGAGGCUCUUCAGACACAGGGACUCAAGAGAGCGACGUUUGUUGGCCACUCCUACGGCACAUUUGUGCUCGCACAGUAUGUGCGCAAGCAUUUCAGCACAGUUGCAGCGCUGGGACUCAUGGACCCUGUCUGCUUCCUCCUCUGCAUCCCCAAGACGCUGCUCAAUAUGAUUUAUAAGACCCCCGAGAACAUAAUGGACGGCCUGAGAUGGUUCUUCUGCGCCAGAGAGCUGCAGGUGGCUCGAUCGCUCUCCCGCAACUUCGACUGGCAUGCGUGCAUGCUGUGGCCUGAGGAGAUGCCACGUCAGCAGUCAGUGGUGCUGAUGGGCGGCCAGGAUCAAAUCGUGCCGUCCAACCACAUCAGGACGAUGCUCACAGAGAAGGGUGUAGAGUUUAUCUACAACGAGACGUACCAACACGCUCAAGUGCUGUUCAGCGACACCAAGCAACGGGAGUUCUUGACACGACUCAUAGCUGCCCGAGCCACAGCUGACCAAUAA